AUGCCUUCUAAGAAGCCCCCCCACAUUGCCCUGGAGCAUGAGUGCUUGGCCUACGCUAGCAAGCUCUUCAAGGAGCCCACUCGCACUCGUGAGGACGUCAAGCUCCGUGCUCAGAGGAACAAGGACACCGAGUGUACAGUGGUCAAGACCAGCCUGAACAGCUUCUGCAAAGAGGCUGCAAGGGCCCUCCCUCUGGAGAAUGUCCUCAAGGAGGUGAACAAGGCCAUUUGCGAGGCUUACAUCCUUGCUAACCUGCAUGUAUUGCGCAUGUGUGAGCUGGGGAGAGAAGUGCCACCUCUCGAUCAGUCCUUCUUCUAUGGAUGCUUGUCUGCUGUUAGUGUGGCUGGGAGACAGAAGAGUCCGAUCAAAGACCUCUUCUUUAGAGAGACCGUGGAUCUCUAUCUAUCCUCACGCCCCCAGGGUUACAAGCCGCCAGAUGGUGAGCAUCUGGCUUCUGGAUGGUAUCAGAAUGCCAGCCUGCAGAUGAGUACAUGCACCAAGAACUCUGUCUCUGUGAACUUCUACAGGCGCUUCAAGCGCUAUCUCAAGCACAAGUACUCGCUGGAUGGCUCAACGUGUUCUCAGAAGAUGAAGAACAUCCUGGCUGACACCUACGAUGGAGAUGUCCCGCUGAUUGUUAGAUAUCGCGCCAUGCUUUCAAAGGCUAUCGUUGGCAGGGCAGAUACAUCCCCUCACCUGCUCAUGCCCAUGCAAUACAUGUUUUUGCGCUACAUAGAGUCCCACCACCCUCUGACGGAGGAGGCCCUCAAGAAGGGCAAGCAGCUGAGGCUCUUCAGCCUCCUUCCCACCAAGAGGGGCUUUGAGUGCAGUAACCUGAAGAUGUGCACCAAUGGCCUUUACGGGUUGCUGAAGCGAGGAGGCAUUAGGCUGCCCGCUUUUGGUGCCGAGUUCCGGAAGUUGGCGGAUGACUAUUGGAGGCAGCUCUUUGAGAUUGAGAAGUUUGAGACGAGCAGCAGGAAGUUUGCGGGCGAGAUCUUCACGGAUGGGAAGGCUGUUUGCAUCCUUCUGAGGAAGCCCAAGCCAAAGCAAGCUGCGAGAAGACCUCCUGCCAAGGAUGAUGGAGAAGAGCUGUGGGGCUUGGACCCAGGCAGAAGGGACCUCUUUGUCAUGGUCAACGAUGAGGGUGAGAAGCUAAAGUGCUCGACCAGGGAGUUCUACCACGAUGCCAAGUACAAGCUGAGCAACGCCAGGGUCAAGGGUUGGUAUGAGCAGAGCCCAGAGGUGCUUGAGGCGAUCCGUAACAUGCCUACCAAGAAGACUUCAGAGAGUGCCAAGCUGCUCAACUACGUGCAAUUCAUGCUUCCUCGGCUGGAAAUGCUUCUGAGCUUCCACAUGAGGAAGGGCUUCAGAGCUCUCAAGUUCAAGCGGUACAUCUUUGCUCAGAAGAAGCUGCACGCCCUCUGCAAGUCGAUCACCAGGCGAGUCGGGACCAAGACGGUGGUAGGCUUUGGAGACUGGUCCAACAAGGAUUCCGGAGGGGUGAACAGAGGCUCGCCCUCCGGGCCAGUCAAGCGGCUUGAGCGAGAGCUCGGGAAGCAUUGCCGAGUGGUCUCUGUGGACGAGUUCAGGACCAGCAAGCUGCACUUUGACUGCAAGAUGGCACUGCACAACCAGUUCUCUGAGAAGCGGUGCAAGGAUGGGGCGGUGAAGACCGUUAAAGUUCACAGUGUGCUCCACUGCCGUAACAGUGGCUGUAAUGGCAUGACGGUGAACCGAGACGUGAACGCUGCCCGAAACAUCCUGGCGCUGCUGAAGGUGCAACUGGAAGGGGGCGUCCGACCGGCAGACCCGGUGUGCUGGGUGCUGACCUCUGCUGCCUGGCGAUACUCCUUCUCAGUCCACUCAAAUAGCUUGAAGGUCUGCCACUUGCACCCGGUAAUAGCUGCGUCCCUCGCCCUCUGCACUUCAUCGAAUCUUCCAAAGAAGACCGGCAGGAUCCUUCCCCGGCCUGCGAAGGUCUGCAGCUCCUUCAUACACCACUCCCUCUCGAAAAAGCCCGCUGAUAAGAUGAUAAUGCCAUAUGUAGCAGUAUCCAUAGCCUUCUCCAUCUCCUUCGCAGCAUCUUCUCCAGGGUUCAAGGAGCGGUCAUCGAAGAAGCAGUGCAAUCCCACAUUCUCGAGCACCCUCAAGAGCCAGACCGCAAAGUCUCGCUUGCAAUCUGCUCCACAGUGGCUGAUAAAUACGUCUUAG